AUGUCAAGCCAGGUUGUGGAUAAGAUCUUUGACACAGGCUUUUACUGGUUCAAGAAGGCAGAAUCUAUCAAUCGGCGCGUACUAGACAAUGUAAAAGAUUUAGGUUCAGGUGCAUCGAAUCCCAUCACAGAUCCGCUGGAGCGUCAGGUUGCGCCGAUCGGUAUUUUUCAUGGGUUUGAGAAUCAGAAAGUUUUGAAAACUAUUUCUGCAUUAGGUCUGAGCGCUGCAGCGUUGCUCAUGUGGAGAUACGGCGGCAAACUGUUGCCAAGACCCCCAGCGCAUCUAAAACAAGGCGACAAAACAUGCGUACUCUUGUUCGGACAUAUGCGAGAUCCCAUAACGCGCCAAAUUGUUAUGGAUCUAUAUCGACGUGGUUUUAUAGUCUUUGUGUGCUCGGAGAAUGGCGCUUCUGAAAACGAUGACGACGGGCUUUUCCAUAUUGCACCCAUUGACCUCAACAACAUGAUUAAAUAUCUUCACGAAAUGUCGGCAGUUUUAUCGUCAAUACUGAUUGUACCAAACUCUGCCUACUAUCCCUCUGGAGUUUUUACGACACUUUCGUCAAGUGUGGUGCAAUCCGAAAUGGAACAAAAUGUGUUCGCGCAUAUAAAGGCUCUUGUUAAAUUGCUCCCGCAUUUAACACCCAAACUGCAGAUAAUACUUAUGACUCCUUCACUUCCCCUAAACUACGGAAUACCACAUCACUCUCCGGAAUACUUUAUUGCUGGCCUGAUGCAGUCUUUUCAUCGAGCACUCAAAUACGAAUAUCCUCAAUCACGUAUUUACUUGUGCCAUUUGGGUGUGCUUAAAAUAGCGGGUAGUUCGAGCUCCUAUAAGUAUCUCUCUGCAAGUGGCUCAAACAUCAGCAAGUCUUUACUUAUGCCACUAUACAACCUCAUAGUGUCGCGAAAAAGUUGGUGGUUCAAUUUCAUAGAGCGCCUGGCGGGUGAUCAAAGGUUUUACGGCAAAUGGAGUAGACUGGGUUACUUUCUCGGCAGUUGGACUCCCCUUUUUAUUUUGAAAGUAUUCUAA